AGACGGAAUGGGAAGGGGGCUCGGUGCUCCUAGACUCAAGUUCGUGAGCAAGCGCUAAGCUACCGGCGUAAGGACAGCAGGAGAGUGCACAGCCGGCUACGGCGCCUACGGUGGCUGACUGGAGUCAAGCACGUGCCGGACUAACGUGGACACAUUGCGCUUGGAGAUCAGUGAGGCAAUUCCCAGUGUCUCAGAGCGUCCCUGCGUCGCUCGCUCGCUGUCUUGCUCAGAAGCCGGCGCCUAGCCAUUGCCACCAGCCUGGUUCCCGGGCGUCCCGCCCUUCGCCCCCGGCGCCCUGAGCCCCAGACGCCGGCGGCCCCUUUAAGGCGGCCCCGCCCCGCCCUUGCCCCGCCUCCCGGGUCGGCCUGGGUGCACUGGGCUUCAUAGGCGCUCGGCCUGCACUCUGCCCGGAUCCCACCCCAGGCGUGAUGGCGGGGACAGCCCUGAGGAUCGCAGGGCGGCGGCUGAGCCAGCGCAGCGGAUCUAGAUCCCCCAUCCUCCUACGGCAGAUGUUUGAGCCCGUCAGCUGCACCUACACGUAUCUACUGGGUGACAGAGAGUCCCGAGAAGCCCUUUUGAUCGACCCUGUUCUGGAGACAGCACCCCGGGAUGCUCAGUUGGUCAAGGAGCUGGGGCUGCGGCUGCUUUAUGCUGUGAAUACCCACUGCCAUGCGGACCACGUUACAGGCUCAGGGCUGCUCCGUUCCCUACUCCCUGGCUGCCAGUCUGUCAUCUCCCGCCUUAGCGGGGCCCAGGCUGACUUGCACAUUGAGGAAGGAGACUCCAUCCGCUUCGGGCGCUUCGCCUUGGAGACCCGGGCCAGUCCUGGCCACACCCCAGGCUGUGUCACUUUUGUCCUGAAUGACCACAGCAUGGCCUUCACUGGAGAUGCCCUGCUGAUCCGAGGAUGUGGGCGGACAGACUUCCAGCAAGGCUGUGCUAAGACGUUGUACCACUCAGUCCACAAAAAGAUCUUUACACUUCCAGGCGACUGUCUGAUCUACCCUGCUCAUGAUUACCAUGGGCUUACAGUGUCCACUGUGGAGGAGGAGCGGACUCUGAACCCUCGGCUCACCCUCAGCUGUGAGGAGUUUGUCAAGGUCAUGGACAACCUGAACUUACCCAAACCCCAACAGAUAGACUUUGCUGUUCCAGCCAACAUGCGCUGUGGGGUCCAGAACCCCCCUUCCUGACCUCACCUCUGGCAGGUGCUCAUAUCCAUUAAGAAUGCACUAGGUGGGGUGAGGGGAGAAGUGUCAGCACCCCACCUCUCUUGUCUCUCCCCCUCACCACCACCCCAAUCCCUUGAGCUUCUUAAAUAAAACUUUUUUUGCCAUGAA